UAUUACAGACUUCUAUGAGCACACAGCAGUGCAAGACAGCAAACUGUUACUGAGGCACUGAGGAGAAGGCUUGAAGACUGAGAGAUAAGGCAAAGAGACUGAGGAGAAGGCUUGAAGACUGAGAGAGAAGGCAAAGAGACUGAGGAGAAGGCUUGAAGACUGAGAGAGAAGGCAAAGAGACUGAGUGAAGUUGAAGUAGUAAGAGAGGACUCAUAAGACAACCUCAAAGCCAGCUAGAGCAGUUUUUCCCUGAGAACAACAGAGAUGGCCAUCGCUCCGUUCAGUCGCAGACAGUGGGCCUCCCACUCCGUCAGAGUCACAGCUAAGGAGUUGUCCAUAGUUGGCACCAGAGGCAAGAACAACGCCAUUGCUGAGCGCUUCUCCAAAUACCAACUGGCUGCAGAGGAGGGCAACUCGGAGAGGAAGAAAGCAGCUGCAGAUCCGUUGCCCCCAACUCUCAGCAGUGGCAACCUGAGUGUGUUGAAGAAGUGGUGGGAGCAGCCUGUCCAGUCCUCAGCCACGUCCUGCGCCCCGCUACCCCACACUCGCUGCUUACUCCCCUUAAACCCUAAAGCCAAGCAUCAGAUCCAGCCUCAGGCCACUCAGGCCCAGCCACCUCUCUCACCAGACCCCAACACCAGCCCCACAGCCGCUGAGGACCAGGCAGGACCAGGCAUGGAGAGAGAACUGCAGCAGAGAGACCCAGAGAGGCAGGAGGCAGUAGCAGAAGUACCUUGUGUCCCCAGUGAGAAGCCCAACAUGCCCCUCAACAACCUCAAGAUGAUUUUUGAGAAAGGAGAGAACCAGCAGAUCAAAGUGUCCAGAGCACCUGUGAGGAUCGGAGGCAUCACUGAUAACAUGGACCAGCUACUUGGAGAUGCAGGGAGUAUGGAGACCAUGCCCCUGAGGGACAGGAUGGCCAUGUACCAGGCUGCUGUGUCUAAAACCGAGGCGUUAUCUUCCUCAGUCAGCAGUGAUCAUUUGGACUCAGACCUCCUCUGUAGCAGCAAACAGAAGGAGAAUGUACCUCCAGGCAGUGGGGACAUGGGUUCGGACUCUGAGCCCAACAGUAGGAAAGCCUCUUCCACAGAGAGCAAUGCAGGCUCCAGUAUCGGCACCUCCUCUGUAUCCUCGACCCAGAACGACCAAGCUCAGCCAAAGAACCCCAGGAGCUUCUGCUUGCCUGCACAGGAGAGCUGUGUGUCGUGUCAGAAGACCGUCUACCCUCUGGAGAGACUGGUGGCCAACAAACAGGUCUACCACAACACCUGCUUCAGAUGCUCCCACUGCAACACCAAGCUCAGCCUGGGAACCUACGCCUCUCUGCACAGCCAUGUMUAUUGCAAGCCUCACUUCUGUCAGCUGUUCAAGGCCAAGGGCAACUAUGACGAGGGCUUUGGCCUGCGCCCUCACAAGGAGCUGUGGGAGACCAAAGGAGAGAGUGGGGCUGGGGAGGAACAGCGGACCGAACAGACCACAGAGGUCACCUCCCUCUCCAAAGACAAGCUGAAGAAGUGUGCCUCUACCGGCACACUGUUGAUCAGCCCAGCAGUAGAGGAGUCUCCACUGGCCAAGGUCAAUGUGGUAACAGCCUCCCUAGAGACCCGUACCCAGAUCUCCGCAGAGAAGGACAAGCCAGUGGAGACACGUCGGCUGAAGAUUUCCUGGCCUCCCCGCACCGAAGGAGAUGGAGAGGGGGGUAACAUGGGGUCCAGCCCCACCUCAGACGGGAGCUCCGGUGGCAGACCAUCCCGUGCCAAGUGGCCCCCAGAGGGUGACUCGGCCUUCCCCGACCAGAGCCCAGAGUCCACCGAACGCUCCACCCUCUGCAGGAGCUCCUCCCUCAAAGAGCGUAGCCAGCCCUUCUCAUUGGCCAGCCCCUCCCAUACUCCUGCCCCUGCUGCCAGUCAGACAGCCAAUCCUGAGCCAGAACUGCUGGAGAGGAUGAGCUCAUUGGAGGACAGGGAGCCUGAGCCGGCCUCCAGUCCUGAGGAACAGAGCAUAGAGGUCCAGGAACAAUCUGACAGCCUGUCACCUGACUACCACACACCUUCUGACGACAGCUAUGUGGAUGUCCAAACCAGCUCUGAGGAGGAGGGGAGAGAAGCACCUCUAAAAGAGAACCACCACGAAUCACUAGAGUCAAAAGAAGAACCGGGAGCGAAGGAGGACUGGGAUGAUGAAGAACAAGAAGAGGAGAAGAUGGAGGGAGAAGAAGAUUGGGAAGGGUUACCUUCUCAAAACUGCCAGACUGCCUCGUCAGAGAUCGUCACGCCCCCCUCGUCUCCGGAGGCGGAGCCUAGACCCAAGACCAACCACAUGUCUCAGGAUGUGGGCUUCUGGGAUGGCGAGGAGGCUGUGUCUGUAGAGGAGAUGAUUAAGAGGAACCGCUACUAUGAGGAAGAUGAGGACUGAAAGAGACUCUGGUUUAUUAAGUCAGGAACAUUAUUAGACAUAAUCAACAGGCUGUUGACUGUAAACUUCCGCCCCUCCUUUUUGUUUGAAAUGUAGAUUCUCUCUUCAUUUCCCUUUAACUUAAGGAAUGGUGUCUGACUGUGUUUAGUGUGAUGUCAGUUUCUUUCUUUUCUACUACUACUCAUUGUAAUUUAUCUAUGUAAAUUUUACCUUAGCUCUGGGUUUGUCCGGAAGAUGGUACAAACCAAACAAAUGCUGAUAAUAUGAACUGAACCCAGUGAAUGAGACACAUUUUUGUCUGUAUUUGAAAAUACAGUAGUUUUAUGAAUGUUUUUAAGGUGGUAUGUUUUAUCAGAACAGCAGGAUAGCUGUAAGGACUGGAAGGGUUUCCACCAUAUUAUGUAUUCUGCUGGUUAUCAUUGUUCAAAUUUGAAUAAAGAAAUUGUUAUAAAAUAU